UCCUGUGUUUUCUUGUAAUGGCGGAGCACGUAGAGGGAGACGGUAUUGGAUUCGGCGACAACAGGAUGACGGACCAGCAGGCCUUGCGUUUCCGUGUCCCCUCCCCUGCCCCCGGCCCCGCCCCCAGCCCCACCCCUGCUGCCGUGAUGCGUGGGCCCCCCCCUCUAAUGAGGCCCCCUCCUCCCCCGUUCGCCAUGAUGAGGGGUCCCCCGCCACGCCCACCUUUCGGUCGGCCGCCCUUCGAUUCCAGCAUGCCGCCCAUGCCCCCCCCGGGGGGCAUACCCCCCCCUCUCGGACCCCCGCACCUGCAGAGGCCUCCAUUCAUGCCCCCCCCGAUGGGCAGCAUGCCUCCACCCCCCGGCAUGAUGUUCCCCCCCGGAAUGCCUCCAGUGCCCGCCCCCGGCACCCCCACCCUCCCGCCCAACGAGGACCUCUGGGUGGAGAACAAGGCGCCCGAAGGAAAGGUGUACUACUACAACGCCCGCACGCGGGAGUCGGCCUGGAGCAAGCCGGAGGGCGUGAAGAUCAUCCAGCAGGCCGAAAUUAACCCCCUCAUGGUCACCCAAUCGGCUGCUGCCACCUCAUCUGCCAGCCUACCAGUGGCCAGCAUUGUGUCAAGCCCCAUUCCCACACAGGCUCCCUCUCCUGGCCCCGCCCUCGGCCCCUCCCCCAGCACCACCACUUCCCAGGCCCUGUCCCAUCCCAUCUCCACCCCCGCAGCGGUGGAGAUGGCUGCCAUAGUAACCGCCCCCUCCAGCGCCGCGGUGACCCCGGUGCCGGCCGUCAGCAUCCCCACGGUAACGGCCACGGCAACGGCGGUGCAGACGCUGCCGCAGACGCUCCCCCAGAGCCUCCCCGCCGGGCUGCCACACCCCAUGCCGCAGGCCACGCCCUCCCUCCCCGCCUUCCCGCCCGUCAUGGUGCCGCCGUUCCGCGUGCCUUUACCUGGGAUGCCCAUUCCCCUGCCAGGUGUAGCAAUGAUGCAGCUAGUCAGCUGUCCCUAUAUAAAGACACUCGCUCCCAACAAGAACGGUUUACUCCCCGGGAUGGCCCCUCCCUUAGUUCCCAUGAUGCACCACCCUCAGAUGGCGAUGGCGGCGGCCCCGGCGGCGCUCUCAGGGCUGUCACUCACAGAGUGGUCCGAGUACAAGACGGCCGACGGGAAGGCGUACUUCUACAACACGCGCACGCAGGAGUCCACCUGGGACCGGCCCCAGCAGCUCCGCGAGAGAGAUAAGGAGGUGGAGAAGGCCAAGGAGUUGACUCUCUCCGAGGAGGAGGAUCUGAUGGACAUGGAGGAGGCGGAGCCCAAGGUGGAGCCUCCUAAGGAGGUGCGAGAGGAGCCCAAGGAGGAGGAGAUGACGGAGGAGGAGAGGGCGGCCCAGAAGGCCAAACCCGUGGCCACCACCCCCAUCCCCGGCACCCCCUGGUGUGUGGUGUGGACCGGGGAUGACCGUGUGUUCUUCUACAACCCCACCACCCGGCUCUCCAUGUGGGACCGUCCCGAGGAGCUGGUGGGCCGGGCCGACGUGGACAAGAGCAUCCAGGAGCCCCCCCACAAGAAGGGCUUGGAGGAGACGCGCAAGCUGGGUGAGCCCCCCCACCCUCUGCGGGGGCACCCUGGGAUCAGCAAGGACGAACUGGAAGCAGCUGUAGAGGAAGCUCUGGAAGAUGAGCCAAUCAAAGCCAAGAAGAGAAAGAAGGAGGAGGUGCGAGAGGACUCUGAGAAGGAGGCGGCGAUGGAGGUGGAGAUGAAGGCGGCGAGGGAGCGGGCCGUGGUGCCGCUGGAGGCCCGGAUGAAGCAGUUCAGAGACAUGCUGCUGGAGAGAGGGGUCUCGGCCUUCUCCACCUGGGAGAAGGAGCUGCAUAAGAUCGUGUUUGAUCCCCGAUACCUGCUGCUGAACCCCAAGGAGAGGAAGCAGGUGUUUGAGCAGUAUGUGAAGACGCGGGCAGAGGAAGAGAGAAAAGAGAAGAAGAACAAACUGAUGCAGUCGAAGGACGAGUUCAGAAAGAUGAUGGAGGAGGCCAGAAUCGGCGCCAGGAUGACCUUCAGCGAGUUUGCGUCGAAGCAUGGCCGCGACUCGCGCUUCAAGGCCAUCGAGAAGAUGAAGGACCGGGAGGCCAUCUUCAUCGAGUUCAUGACCGCGCUCCGGAAGAAGGAGAAGGACGACUCCAAGAACCGCGGAGAGAAGGUGAAGCUGGAUUUCUUCGAGCUGCUGGCGGACCACCACGUGGACGGGCAGCUGCGCUGGAGCAAGGUGAAGGAGAGGCUGGAGGGAGACCACCGCUACAAGGCUGUGGAAGGUUCCGCUGCCAGGGAGGAGCUCUUCAAGCAGUUUGUGGAGAAACAGGCCAAGAAGCUGGACUCUGAGAAGGAGAAGGAGCUGGAGCGGCAGGCCCGGAUCGAGGCCAGCCUGAGGGAGCGGGAGAGGGAGGUGCAGAAGGCUCGCUCAGAGCAGACCAAGGAGAUCGACCGCGAGAGAGAGCAGCACAAACGCGAGGAGGCCAUCCAGCAUUUCAGAGCCCUAAUGUCCGACAUGGUGCGCUCGUCGGACGCCUCGUGGUCGGACACGCGGAGGAACCUGCGGAAGGACCACCGCUGGGAGACUUCCUCGCUGCUGGAGCGCGAGGAGAAGGAGAAGCUCUUCAACGAGCACAUCGAGGCGCUCGCCAAGAAGAAGAAGGAGCACUUCCGCCAGCUGCUGGACGAGACCACCACAAUCACGCUCACAACAUCCUGGAAGGAGGCGAAGAAGGCCAUUAAGGAAGAUCCUCGCUGCAUUAAGUUCUCCAGCAGUGACCGGAAAAAGCAAAGGGAGUUCGAGGACUACAUCAAAGACAAGUACAUCACCGCCAAAGCAGACUUCCGGACGCUUCUAAAAGAGACGAAGUUCAUCACGUACAGGUCCCGGAAGUUGAUGCAGGAGUCGGACCAGCACCUGAGAGACGUGGAGAAGGUUCUGCAGAACGACAAGCGCUACCUGGUGCUGGAGUGUGUUCCAGAGGAGCGCCGCAAGCUCAUCAUGUCCUACAUAGAGGACCUGGACCGCCGCGGGCCGCCCCCCCCACCCACCGCUUCCGAGCCCACCCGCCGCUCAACCAAGUAACAGAACCCCAGUCUGCGUCACCACGGCAACAACAACAUGCCACACCCACCCACCCGCCGCUCAACCAAGUAACAGAACCUGAGUCUCUGCGUCACCACGGCAACAACACUAUGCCACACCCACCCGCCACUCAACCAAGCAACUGAACCCUGAGUCUCAGCUUCAGCCACGCCCACAACAACACACCAGAACCAAUCACCAUGCAGCCAAGCAAGGGACCCCAGGGUUUCUGUAACAACAACGCCAACUUGUCUCUCUACCUGCCGCUCUACCUGUCUCUCUACCUGCCGCUCUACCUGUCUCAUCAUGCCGCUCUACCUGUCUCUCUGCCUGCCGCUCUACCUGUCUCUCUACCUGCCGCUCUACCUGUCUCAUCAUGCCGCUCUACCUGUCUCUCUACCUGCCGCUCUACCUGUCGCAUCAUGCCGCUCUACCUGUCUCUCUACCUGUCUCUCUACCUGCCGCUCUACCUGUCUCAUCAUGCCGCUCUACCUGUCUCUCUACCUGCCGCUCUACCGGUCUCUCAUCAUGCCGCUCUACCUGUCUCUCUACCUGCUGCUCUGCCUGUCUCUCUACCUGCCGCUCUACCUGUCUCAUCAUGCCGCUCUACCUGUCUCUCUACCUGCUGCUCUACCUGUCUCUCUACCUUCCGCUCUACCUGUCUCUCACCAUGCCGCUCUACCCAGCGAGGGAGUCUGGGGCCCUGCAUGAGCACGCUUUGGACACGCAGACCCCGCAGACGUGUUGUAGCGCAGUGUUUCCGCGGUGUGUGUCGUCAGCGGGAAGCGUCGCGGAGUGAAAGGGGGCGGGGCAGCUCCGCGCGGUGUGGCCCGCGCUCAUCUCAAAAAGGGGCGAGUGAUUUAAGGCCCCCGCAGCUUGUAAGAUACUUUUAUUAGAUGGCGGAUAUGUAUAUUUAAAUAUAUGUAUUCAGAUCGUGUGACAGACGGUUGUGUGAACAUCGCCAACGGCCUUAAGAGUUGGAAUUGUAACGAUACGUAGUAGUUUGAAUGUUUAAAUGUUUCUAAAGUUGUGUUUAAUUUUGAUGUUGCUGUUUCUGUACGAGUUUACUGGAAUAAAGGCAACUACCCAGUUUUUUUACAA